AUGGUAAAGGUCUAUUAUCAACGUCAAUCUGAGAAAUUUAGUGCAUCACAACUCGAAAAUCCACAUUUAAUUGUCCUCCAGUUCACACAAGGAGAUCCGUCAAAGUUCGGUAAGUAAUUAAGUAAAUUUAUUUUAUACAUGAACAUUAAUAUUUUACAGGUUUUUCCUAUUGUGGAAAGAGAAUUGAUCCUGAAGAACUGACAAAACUAGAUGAAAAUGAUUCGGUCAGAAUUGUUCCAUUGCCAGAAAGCGAUAUUCCAACGGUAAAUAAUUUUUUUUUGUUCUGAAAAUUCAAAUAAUAUUUUUUUAUAGAUAAGCAACGAGCAAAACUCAGAAAUCGAAUCAAUUCUCAAUAAGCUCGCCACUUUUGUUGAGCAAUACGGAAAUGCGGUUUUCGAAAUCUAUCACAAUGAAACUUCAGCCGGUGACCAUGUGAAAAAAUUCAUCGAAAAAUAUCCAAAAAUGCGCCAUGACACGCAAGCUCUGACGGCGUUGACUGAUUUUCAUAUUUUCUAUUCGUAUUGUCACAUGGACCGGGUAAAUUUUACAGUUAGCUUAAAAAUUGAAACGAAUUUCGUGUCACAAAAUAUUUUUUGACAAAUUUUGAUCCACGUUUUUGGAAUUUUGAAACUUAAAAUGUUAUCGCGUGAACUUUGACACUAUCUUCGAAACUUAAUUUUGCUUUUUUUGGAUGAUCAUUUUUUUUAAGUCAUCGGUUUGAAUUUUUCAACAAAAUUUAAAAUUAUAUUUUUUCCGGAAACAAAACUUUUUGAACUUAAUCAAAAAAUUAGUAAUUAUAAUUUUUUUCAGACCCACGAAGGUCGAAAUGCUUGGCUCAGACAACAUCCCGAUUCUGUCUAUGUCAUCGACAAAAUCCUCAAUCAUCUAAAAGACAGUGUAUACAGUGGACAAUUUGCUCCAAUGCGAAAUCCACGCAGACAUAAUCAACAACAACAGCAGCAAAGACCACAACAAGGUGGAAUUACUCAAAUGGAUCUUCAAUCAGCUUUGGCAAUGGCUUUCGGGCAGAUUGCUCCAAAUGCAAAUGCACAAGCUGUGCCAGCUCAGGUUCCAGUUCAGGCUCCAGUACAAGCUGCCCCAGUUCCGGCUCAAGCUCAAGAUUUUACAUCUCAACUCGCUCAAUUACGAGAUUUCGGAUUUGAAGAUGAAGAUUUGUGCAAAAUGGCGUUGGAACAAUCAGGCGGAGAUGUUCAAGCUGCCCUGGAAUUAAUUGUAGAUAUGAUGCAGUGA